AUGAAUCGUCAAGUGGAGGACUUCAUCCCACAACUUGUGGCUUUUUCGGUCGACUUCUUCGGUUCACUAUUUAUCUCGGUCUGUAUGUCAUCUUCACGGUCCUUCUCCCUCACAGCGCUGUUCAUCGGCAUGGAUGUUUUCCAUUUAUUAAAGAAAUUCCGCGGGAUUUCAUCGGAUGAACACAUUAUACUGGAAAUUAUCCAUGACGAACGCCGUGGGGCCCAAAAUUUUAAGUCAGUGCAGCUGGUAACGAUGAUUGUCGAUGUGGUACGCAACCCAAGCGCACACCAAGUGGGGUCUCUGGACGGGGUUCGACUGUGGGCGAGCCCUCCUCAUCUUGUAUCGACGAGCCAAUACAAACAACUGCAAAAGGUGGAGACCUCGGGCGUGUUUGGACCAACGAACGAAGCUACCAAUUCAAGGACAGUUUUCUCCGACUCACCCUACUAUCAUUGGAGCUUCCAACGAUCUUCAGUAGUGCCUGUACCAGUAAUUCCUUCGUCGCUGCGUGAUUCUAAGGCCCCAAGUUUCCGACAGGCCAGCGAAUCUAUUCACUUGGUUCGACAUGGAUUGCAACUACUCUUCCACUUCGAGUACCUAGUGCUGGUUGAGUACGUAGAAUGCGUCGUGCCAUUCGUUUACCUCGCGUACAAGUCGGUGCUUGAGCACUUGCCAAAUGUUGCCUACUAUCCUGGUUGCGCCGGCAAAUGGGGAUUGACCGCAGUGACGAACCUGCUCGUGUACGCGGUCCUGGAAGUCGGCUCCCUGUUACUCCUGAGCAACUUUUUACAACGCAAGUUUUCUUGCUCGCCGUUAUAUCAGCUCGCGUUCGUGUUGGAGACGCAGUUUUACGCGGUGCAGUCGACGCUGUUUUCAGUGACCCUCUUUGUACUUCAGUACCAACUCGUGAGGUAG